AAACUUUGAUCUUCGAUGGGUAUAUUUGGGAACCAGAGAAGCUGGAGAACAGGGACGAGCCAGGAGGGCGUAUAUUUACCGGUCUCGACCGGCGUCUCGGCGGCGGCGAGCAAGAGGAAAUGGUCGAACCUCAUGCCUUUCUUCGUGGCUUUAGUCGUGAUUUCCGAGAUCGCUUUCUUGGGCCGUCUCGACAUGGUCAAGAACGCCGCCAUGGUCGAUUCCUGGGCCGACUUGUUCUACCGGGCCCCGCCGGCCCACGACGAGGAGGUCCAUGUUGCGAUCGGGGGUUUGGGCCUCGAUGGGCUCGCCGGUGGCGGCGGUGAUCGGAGCUCGGAAUUCGAGGGUUGCGAGAAGUGGUUGGAAAGAGAGGACUCCGUACAGUACUCCAGGGAUUUUUCCGAGGAACCCGUUUUGGUUUCUGGUGCUGACCAGGAGUGGAGUUCUUGUGCCGUCGGAUGUCAUUUUGGGUUCGAUCAAAGUAAGAAGGCUGAUGCUGCUUUUGGUUCACCUCAACAAAAGGGAACAGCUAGCGUUCUUAGAUCAAUGGAAUCUUCUCAAUACUAUGCAGAGAAUAAUAUUGAUCAGGCACGACGGAGGGGAUAUAAUAUUGUUAUGACAACUAGUCUCUCAUCAGAUGUUCCUGUUGGAUACUUUUCAUGGGCUGAGUAUGAUAUCAUGGCACCAGUGCAGCCAAAGACUGAGAAAGCCCUUGCUGCUGCAUUUAUUUCCAACUGUGGUGCUCGCAACUUCCGCUUGCAAGGUCUUGAAGCACUUGAAAAGGCAAACAUCAAGAUAGAUUCGUAUGGGGGUUGCCACAGAAACCGUGAUGGAAAAGUGGACAAAGUACAAGCUCUGAAGCGCUAUAAGUUCAGUUUGGCUUUUGAAAAUUCUAACGAGGAGGAUUAUGUUACUGAGAAAUUUUUCCAGUCGCUUGUUGCUGGAUCUGUGCCUGUUGUUAUUGGUGCUCCUAAUAUUCAAGAUUUUGCUCCGGCUCCUGGUUCAAUUUUGCAUAUUAAGGAGCUAAGUGAUGUCGACUCAGUCGCGAAGAGAAUGAAAUACCUUUCAGAAAAUCCCGGGGCAUAUAAUCAGACAUUACGGUGGAAGUAUGAGGGUCCAUCCGACUCUUUCAAGGCCCUUGUAGAUAUGGCAGCUGUACAUUCUUCAUGCCGACUUUGUAUUCACCUGGCAACUUCAAUUCAAGCAGAAGAAGAAAAGAGCGCAAGGUUCAAGAAACGACCGUGCAAGUGCACAAGAGGCUUAGAAACUGUAUAUCACUUGUACGUACGAGAAAGGGGAAGAUUUAAGAUGGAAUCCAUCUUCUUAAGGUCUGGGAAUCUGACUUUGGAGGCCUUGGAAUCUGCAGUGCUGACUAAGUUCAAUUCUCAAAAACACAUCCCCAUUUGGAAACAGGAAAGACCAGAAAGCAUAAGAGGAGGGGAUGAACUCAAAGUAUACCGAAUAUAUCCUGUCGGCUUGACACAGAGGCAAGCUCUGUAUACCUUCAGAUUCAAAGGGAAUGACUUCAGAAGUCAUGUCGAAAGCAAUCCCUGCACCAAGUUUGAGGUCAUAUUCGUGUAGACCAAAACACCUGAAUUUUUUUCUUUUAACUUUGAGCAUUGAGAUGCCGAUUUUUCAGCAGUUUUCUGCUUGAUUUCAUCUGGGCACUUCUGUUUUCAAAACUCUCUUUGUACACCACGUUUGUUACAUGAGCAAACUGCUAGAUUUUUAGGGAAGAAAAAUGACAUAAUAUUUAUGGAUGGCUUACUCAUAUAAAAGCCUAUUGAUGUAGCUGACUUUGGACCCUUUAUCGAAGAAAAUGUUAACCUCAGGUUCACA